GCUUCCAGCAUCUCGUCUGAUCUCUCUCUUUUUUCUUUUCCUUAUAAACCCUUCCCCUCUUUAUUUUCAGUACUCACUCUUUUCUCUCUCUCUCUCUCUCUCUCUUCGGUUCUUUUCUUUGCUCUCUUUCGAACAAUGUCUUACACAGUUUCAAUCCCUCAACAAAACACCCGCCACCAGCCUCGCUUGCUCUUCUCCUUCACUUCAAAACCUACACCGUUUUACUCUCUCAGCUCUCUCCGUUUUAAACGGAAGCCUCUUCUUUUGUCCUCUUCUUCAACUCAUCAUCAGUCAUGUCCUAGCAUCACACGUGUCUCCACCGCGCCUGUAGAGUACGCGCCUCCUGCACCUGAUUUCAACUUCCAACAAGAAAUCUCCCGCCUCAGAAACCUUGUUUCAAAACUCUCCGUUUGCAAGUCACUUAAACAAAAAAGUUCUGUCCUUGACACGGAUUCGCGAGUAAAACACUUUUUUAAUAGUAAUCAUAAUCAUAAAUAUUUGGCUAGGGUUUUUGGUGAACUUAAUUUGGAUAGCUACCAGUUGUUUCUGAUCAAGUGUUUAAUUGCGGCGGGGCAAGAGCACGUUCUAAACUUGGGAGGUGAAUUUGAGGAGAGUGAAGUAAAGUCGGCGAGGAACGAUGUGAAGAGGGCGCUUUAUGCGUUGGUGGAGAUGAUUGAGAGAUGGGACGUUAAUAGUACCCAUCAAAAUGGGGAUUUUGUGGUGAGAAAUGGCUUCGUUUUGGAGAAUGAGAAAGUUGAAGAUUUGAAUAAGUUGUUGAAGAGCUUGGCAGAGAUUGAAAAGUUUUAUGAUUGUAUUGGAGGAAUUAUUGGAUAUCAGGUAACGGUGCUGGAGCUUCUUUCCCAAUCAAAUUUUGAGAAACAGAAGACAAGUCGAUUACAUCAAAUGAAUGAAUCAAUGGAAUGCCAGUUUCUAGAAGUUCAUGUUCCUAGUGGACUUGACCUUUCACAAAAUACUGAGUAUACUUCUCAAGCAGCACUAUGGGGAAUUGAGGGACUGCCAGAGCUAGGUGAAAUUUAUCCUCUGGGAGGAUCUGCGGAUAGACUUGGUUUGGUUGAUCCUGAUACAGGUGAAUGUCUUCCUGCGGCAAUGCUUCGUUAUUGUGGAAGGACUCUAUUGGAAGGUCUUAUAAGAGAUCUUCAGGCCAGAGAGUACUUGUACUUCAAGCUGUAUGGCAAACAAUGUAUAACCCCUGUUGCCAUCAUGACAAGUGCGGCAAAGAACAAUCAUGAGCUUAUCAAUUCUCUUUGUGAAAGACUUGGAUGGUUUGGAAGAGGUCAAUCGAGUUUCCGACUUUUUGAACAGCCUCUUGUCCCUGCUGUUAGUGAUAAAGAUGGUCAAUGGCUGGUCAUGAGACCAUUUGCACCUAUGUGCAAGCCUAGUGGUCAUGGUGCCAUAUGGAAACUUGCUUCCGACAAGGGUGUGUUCAAGUGGUUCAAUGAUCAUGGAAGAAAGGGUGCAACUGUCCGACAAGUUAGUAAUGUUGUGGCUGCUACAGACUUGACGUUACUGGCAUUGGCAGGAAUUGGUAUACACCACAGAAAGAAACUAGGGUUUGCAUCUUGCAAGAGAAGCUCACGGGCUACAGAGGGAAUAAAUGUUCUACUUGAGAAGAAGAACCUUGAUGGGAAGUGGGCAUAUGGUCUAUCAUGCAUUGAAUACACUGAGUUUGAUAAGUUUGAAAGCAGUGGUGGACCUUUUUCAUUAAACAGUUUGCAGGCAUUCCCUGCGAAUACAAAUAUUCUAUACGUGGAUUUGGCUUCUGCAGAGUUAGUUGGUUCAAGUAAUAGCAAAAAAAGUUUACCAGGCAUGGUGCUAAAUAUAAAAAAGCCAGUUGUGUAUGUGGAUCAAUUUGGUGACUGUCAGAGUGUAUCUGGUGGAAGGCUGGAAUGCACGAUGCAAAAUAUUGCGGACAAUUUUUAUAAUACAUAUUCAUCUAGGUGUUACAAGGAUAUAGAAGAAAAAUUGGAUACAUUUAUGGUUUAUAAUGAGCGAAGAAGGGUAACAUCAUCAGCUAAGAAGAAGAGAAAACAUACAGACAUGUCUCUGCACCAGACUCCAGAAGGCUCAUUGUUAGAUAUCUUGCGGAAUGCAUAUGAUCUUCUUGCCCAAUGCAAUAUUAAACUAGCUGAGAUUGAAAGUAAUGACAAAUAUAUUGAUUCUGGACCUCCGUAUCUUAUCCUUCUGCACCCGGCCCUUGGCGUACUUUGGGAGGUAACAAGGCAGAAGUUUAAUGGAGGCUCCAUUUCCAUGGGCUCAGAGUUGCAAAUAGAGGUUGCAGAGUUUUUGUGGAAGAAUGUUCAGCUUGAUGGAAGCCUAAUAAUUUUGGCUGAAAAUGUUAUGGGCUCAACUCGGAUCAAUAAAAAUGGUGAACUGAUAUUACAGUAUGGACAUAGGUGUGGAAGAUGUAAACUGCAUAAUGUCAAAGUACUGAAUAAAGGAAUUGACUGGGCCUGUGGAGACAAUACAUACUGGAAGCAUGAUGUGCAACGGUUUGAGGCACUUAAGAUCAUACUGCAUGGAAAUGCAGAAUUUGAGGCUAGUGAUGUCAUUUUACAGGGAAAUCAUGUUUUUGAAGUCCCUGAUGGCCACAAAAUGAAGAUCACUUCUGGAAAUUCAGGUUUAGCUAUUCAGUUGGAACCUAUUAAAAAGGAUAUGAUGGAUAACGGAAGCUGGUAUUGGAACUACAAGAUAAGUGGCACCGAUAUUUUGCUGGAAAUGAUAUACUAACUAAUCUUAGUUCUGCUUUAUGUGAACUAUGGUUCACAAAAGUAUAUAUGUUUAGCUCUAUUGGUUGAACAUAAGUUUAACCUUAUUUAAAUAGAUGCUUAUCCAAUAAUAUAUGAAUAGUCAUGAAAAUUUAUAAGUUAUUUCUAUCUCUGAUGUAACUGCAUUUUUUGUAAUUUACUUAUAAAAACAGUGUAAAAGUUCUAGCAACGAAGAUUACAUGUCUCA